GAGUUGUUUAGCUUUAUGCUAAGCUAACUGCAGACAGCUGGGCGAACUUGGCGGUGAUAAAUAGAAAUAAAAAUACCAGCAGCGCUAAUUUAAUUUAUUCUGUUAACAGAAGCUGAAGGGGAAGCAGAGAAUUCGCCAGUAAUGCGAAACCAGGCAUGGCAGACAGGCCGGACUCUGAGGUGGAGGAGGCAGACCAGGUUUACCUGUUGAUGAAAGAAGAUUACCACAUAUCAAGAAAUGUGCGUCUAUCCUGGUUCCUCAGCAAGUUAAACCAGGUCAUCCGGCCGUCCCCAAAGUCUGAGCUGCUCAAAUCAGAGAAUGAACUGGAUAUUCUCAGUAUUCUGCCAAAAGGAUGGCAGCCGGAUUCUCCUCACACCUCCAUGCCGUACCUGCUGGUGCCGUCCACACGGGUCACCUUCCUGGCCCGGCGGUACCGCUUUAUCAUUGAGCUGGACCUCAGCCCCUCCACCGGGAUUGUGGAUGACAGCACAGGCGAGAUGAUCUUUGAUGAAGUCUUCCAUGCCCUCUCGAGAUGUCUGGCUGGACUGGCUGCUCCGUUUAAAAUUCCCGGCACAGACUUCCUGUUUCAGCCUGAAAUCUUCAUCACCAUCCUGGCAUACUCCUCCAUCGUCGGCCUCAGCUCACACCAGGUGUUGGUUCAGGGAAGCCAGCUGGACUGCACAGCAGACCUGGACCAGUUUCUACAUCUGAUCUACAAGCAGCUCCGCGCUGUGGAGAACAACAUCGCUGAGGUUUUACAGCAGCAGCAUAACCAGUGUGAUUGCACCUGUUCCACCCUUGCCGUUGAUGCCAUGGAGGAGCAUCUGCAGAGGAAGCAGGGUGUUUCCAUGGUAACUGCAGACGUGGGAUUGGUCAGUAUGGUCCGACAGGGGAUACUAGCCCUUCAGCUCCUCCCCCCAAACUCUACCGCAGGUAUAAUAAUCAUCACUGACGGAGUGACGAGUGUGCCGGAUGUGGCGGUGUGUGAGACUCUGCUCAACCAGUUGAGAAGUGGAACCAUCGCUUGCUCCUUUGUGCAGGUGGGCGGGGCUUACUCGUACGACUGCAGUUUUGGCUACAUCCCCAACGUGGAGCUGAUGAAGUUCAUCUCGAUGGCCACCUUCGGUUCCUACAUGUCUACAUGCCCAGAGUCUGCCCAGGCAGGGCAGGAAAUGAACACCUACCAUCGGGCUUUCCUCACCUACUCCUUCCUCCGCACCAGCGAGUCCAUCAAUCCAGACUAUUACUGCUUCUCUCAGCACAAGCUGUUUAAUGAGCACUUGGUGUCGGCCAGUGGAAACCCUGCGCUGGUUCUGAGGAGGAAAAAACACACAGAGAAGGAAGUUCAUGCGGAGUUGGUCAGCGUCGUGUCCGUCAGGCUAAGAGAGGGAUACACCAUCCGAGAAAUCAACUUCAUCAAGGGUGGUACUCAGCUGGAAGUGAAGCUGGUGUUGCUGUGGAAGCAUAACGUGCGUAUAGAGUACGUUGCGACGGCCUCCUGGCCGCUCCUGCCGGCUAAGCGAACCACGUGGGUGGAGGUAACGAUAGAGGGAAGCUACGACAUCCUGCACGACAUCAGCUGCACCCUCCGCAAACCCAUCACCAGCCCCUACCGGACCUCCGUCAUACGCCGCUUCUGGAACACACUGCAGGGCAUUAAUCAAACAGACCAGAUGUUGGUGCACCUGCAGUCCUUUAACUCCAUCCAAGAACACUACACAAUUCCUGAGAGCACCAAAAAUGGUGUGCCGCUCUUCUACAUCCCACCUGGAUCCACCACACCGGUCCUCUCCUUGCAGCACAGUGGCUCAAAAGACUCAAGCCAAUCACAGUUUGCUUUCUACUGGAAGCCUAUCCUGUCCAUGGACGCCAACUUUUGGCAGCGCUGGCUACAUAUGCACCGAAUCGCCAUUAUUUUGGAGCAUGACAUGCCCGUUCCGAAGCACGUGCACAACGCGAGCAGCAACGGCAGGUUCAGCACCGUUCAGUGCAGGAUAGCUCAUUCUGCUCUGACAUCCCUGCUGCGGGACUGGAGCAGCUUUGUGCUGGUUGAGGGCUACUCCUAUGUUAAACUCAUUUACAGUACUGCUGAUCAAAUGCCUAUCUCCUUCUAUCUGGUGCGUCUCAUCUCCAAAGCCCCCUGCAUGGUGCUACGUUUGGGCUUCCCGAUAGGAACGAUGGCUCACACCAGGAACAAGAUCGUGGAUGACUUGCGAGAGCAGAUUCUCAGGCUGCGUUUUCCUCAUCGCGUCCAGAGUAAAGAAGCCACACCAAAGACCAAGCGGAAGGUUCUGGGUAAUGCCUCUCCCUCCAAGUCCCCUCCUCUCCCUGCACCAAAACCUGCACUGUCUGACCGGCCAUGCGUCGUCAUUUUCAACAAGCCUUUGGAGAAACUACUGAUCAGGUAUGAGAAGCUGCCCAUGGAUUUCCGAAUGCCCUUCAUUUUAAGCAUGGAGCCCUUCGCUCAGCCCCCCAGCAUGGCCGCUCCCCUCAAUGUAGCAGCCAGCCGAACCGCUUCCUCCACACUGGCCUCGCUGUCCCGCUACUUCCUGCACCAGCGUUGGGUGUGGACGGUGCAGACCGGGCCGGCGGCUGCUGUCUCUCUACAGGCUGUCGCCCACAUCCUCUCCAUGCUUUCUGAGAUUCGUCUAUCUGAAGGGUUCCAUUUUGCAGCCAGUGGAGAAGGAAUCGUCAACAUGGUGAUAGAACUGCCAAUGGCCGUCAAAACACCCAAGGGGAUUCCUCCAGCUCUGAACGCCGACCACCACACCUGCAUCGUCCAGUACAUUCUCUUCCCUCCCCACUCCACCUCCACCAAGGACAGUUUCUCUACAGAUGAUGAUAACGACACAGAGGUGGAGGCCAUAGACGUGGACACGGAGCUGAACCUGGUGACGGAGUGUUGGGUAGAGCCGCAGAGCGGGACGGUCUGGAGUCCUUCUGAGCAGCACAGACACUUCAGGAACCUCACGUACCAGGAGAUCCCUCAGGCCAUCUUUCCUCGUGACCUGUCCUGCAUGUCCACUAUGAUGACGUUCGAGUACCUCAUUCAGCUGUGUCUGAACAAAGAUCAGGUGCACCCUUUCAUUGGGAGCAAAGAUGCAUCAGUUGAGGAUCCAACUGUUGCUCCUGCUGAUGGGAUUCACACAGUGCCUUUUCAGUUUGAUCUGAUGAAGCUCCUGCCCAAGUGCCAGCAGAUUGAGCUGUUCUUCUUCACCUUUAGCAAAGCAGACACGACUGAAGACUCUGUUCAGAGUUCAACCUCUCUGCCCAAUGAGCUGCUGCUCAGCCUCUUCCACAGCUCCCUGCAGAAUGAGCUGAGUGACCGGGAGAUACCUUUGGCUGAUGGAGACCAUGUGACCUUCAUGCAUCAUAUACUGGAGAGAGAGAGGGAUGGCCACAUGGCUCCGUUUUCUUUACCUGUGAUCAAAGAAGAGUGCCUGAAACCACCUGAGAGGCAGGAUACAGUAUUGUCCUUGAACACAAUAGGAAGCAGUAAAGAAGUGACUGGCUCCACCAGCACUCUGCAGAGUUUCAGUAAUGCUGAUCUUGUGGAUGAAGAGCCUGCUGUGGUGGAUCCAGAGAGCACAACUCCACUGUGGAAAUGCUACGCUAAGUCUAUCAGCCCUCAGCAAAUCCUGCUGGUCUUCCUCCCAGCUACUUUCACUGAUGUGCAAACUUUAAUGUCCUUCGGUUUGGGAAUCGAACCUCACGCCAAUGGAACAGGUGAUGAUGAGGAUGAGACACUCACUACAGGAAACAACCAUUCACAUAGUGGGUCAAUCAGCAGCUCAGUUAACGGACCUGAAGACACCGAGACUUUGACUGAAUCAGGAGAGGCUCCGUUACUUUCAACUCCUGAAACUCCAACAGCAGGACAGGGGGAGUAUGAGGAGAAACAGCUGACAGAACAGACCAAUGGGAGUACAGUAGAGGAGAAUAAUGGAGUGCAGUUUGCUGAACCCCAGAGGCAGGACUGUCGCAUCAGCUUCGGCCGGCAGCUGUCUCAGCAGAGUGUGGGAGAUGCGGCCCGGCCGCGCUGUCCUGUCUACAUCUAUAACUGCUCUCUAGAGUCCCUCAAAGAUCAGCUGGUCCACCCAAACUCCAGCCGUCAACCCAGAGACGUCUUCCUCAGACCUCAAGAUGCAGAGUCGUGGGAGUUGAAUCAGCAGCUGAAGUUCAGAUCUCUCUCUCAGGAUCGCAGCAGCUCCUCGUCAUGGACAGACCUGAUGGCUCAUCCUCACAAACAAAAAGAGCUGGCCAACUACUGCAGCCUGCUGCAGGAACACUACUAUCAGAGUUAUGUCCGAGGUGUGUAUCGCAGUCUCCAGCAGUCGUACAGCAUCAGCUCUCAGGACGUUCUGACAGCCAUGGAUUACUGUGAGGAGUCUCUACAGGAAAUCGACAUUACGUCCUUCCUGCAGACGCUGUGCGGACACAUCCGUACCUUCCGUGAACGUCAUGAACCCCUCGGUGCUGAUAGCCUGAAAAGGAGUCCCGGCAUGGCGGCUACUUUCACCAUCGGGGAGGGAGAUGAUGAUGGAGAAGACAGAGCUACAUUAGCCACCUCAUCAAGCAUUGAAAUGGAAGACAGCAGUGAGGUGGAAUCGAGGGGAAAUGUCUCCGCCCCCACGUCACCGCUGGCCUUGGAUGAACCGAAGUCCCCCAGAAUCCCAGAAUUCCCUCUCUCCAUCCUGCACUCCCAGCAGAAAUGCGAGGCUUACCCGGACUCACAUAAAGUCAUACAGGACAAAUUCAUGGAUAUCGGGGCUCAGUAUUUUAAAACUGUCUCCUCCAACCCACACUAUUUCUUUUACUGCCCCCAGUCUUCCAAGAAAGAGGAGGACUCGGAUGGAGAGGGGGAGAGAAGGCUCAGUGAAGAGUGUGAAGUUUCUGAGGCUGAACUGGCUACAGAAGAUGGAAAUGUGUCUGGCUGCUGUAUCGUAUCAGAGAGUGACACUGAUCUGGAAGUGGAGUAUCAGGAACAGGUGAAUGGAAAAGCUGAGCGAGGAGGAGGAGUAGGAGGAGUGGAGGAAGGAGCGGAGGACGAGUCUCUGUCUGACUCUGACAACACGAUGAACCAGGACGAGGAUUCCUUCAGCAUCCUGGAGGGAGACUCCUUACUGGAGCCGGCGGGACCUCAGCCGGAGAUGCCCCCUCUGUUUGUGCACCUGGUGUGCUCGGUCAGUGUUAAGAGCAGCCACGGCUCCAUGCCCAUUAGGACACUGCCCACCUGCCUGGGUGAGUUGAUCAGCUGUCUAGAGAACGCAGAGUCUCUCCAGUCUGUGGAUCUAAAUGAGCUCUCGGUUACUCUGGAUAUCUUCGUGUUGACGUUACCUUUAGAAAUCGAGGUCAUGCCACAUGACCCUCAUCAUACCAGGUAUACCUCUGAGAGCAGUGUGUCUAUGAACCGUUCUCCUGGCCAGCCGUCCUCCUACCGCUCUGAUGAAGAGCUCAUGGAGAAUCUGGACGGCCUGCGUGGGUUUGGAAUGGAUGGCAUGACCGGGGAUCCUCUGUCCAAACUGCCAGCACCUCAGAAACAGGCUGUUCUAGCAACCAUGGACGAGAUCCGCUGGUUGUUGGAAGAUGAGAUCGUUUCUGCUCUGAGGCACUCCAGCGUCAGUUCCUCCACUCUGCUGAAAGUCUCGGAUCACGUUUGCCGCUCCAGCGGUCGACCUGGCUGCCACCAUGAGGUCGUCCCCCUGCAGUUCGUCUUCGGACCUGAACAGUCCCUGGAGAAGUUCAAAGAGGAGUUUAGGAGGCUGUCGUUUCCCGGUUAUCUGCUAAAGGGAGAGAAACACAAUUAUCACUACAUCUCUCUGAGCCGCCAGCACUCUCUCAGAAUACAGGCCGCCCAACAGUCCAAUCAGAACUUAGCCAGUUCCCAGGGGGCAUGUUUAAUCUCUCAGCCUGCCAGUCACUGUCCUGGGGCAGGUGAUUCUCCACUAUCCAAAGGACUGAGCUUCGAAGUGGAACCAGAGAAAAAGGAGAUAGAGCAUGUUGAAGGAGGUCAGCCUGGUGAAGGAGCUCCGGUUCUCCAGCAGGAGGAGCAGAAGGAGCAGGAGGACACGGCUGAGGAGGAAGUGAGGCCUGGGGCUGCCGACUCUGUGAGUGACUCUCUCUCUGAGCGUUCAGACGCUAGCCGAGUCCGACCGGCUGAUGCAGACGAGCCUCGGUCUCAGAGCACAAAUCAACAGCCCUGCAGCAGCACUGACCGCUCGUCUGACCACACCACCCCGCCCAAAACCCCCUCUGCUGUCAGCCUGGCUGAGUCUGUGCAGUCCGCAACACACAGCAGUGGGAAGCUCCGGCCCAGUCGAGUUCAGAGUGUGGUCUCGAGCCAAGGCAGCCUGGAUUCAGACAUGCUGGGUUAUGAUGGAGGAAGCAGUGAUUCAGAGUGUGAUGGACCCACCAUGGACGAGCAGGAGGUUCAGAAUCCUCUUAUGCCCGAAUUCUGGCUCAUUGUCCGGAUCCACCAGGACAGAGUGGAGGUGUUUUCCCAUUCCAGGAGUUUUAUUGGGGGGAAAGAGGAAGGAGGAAGAGAAGAGGAUGAGGAGGAAAUCCCAGAGUAUCUGCGUCUUCAUCAGGAGGUUGUGAGGAAGAUUGGAGAAAUCUGCAGGAUAGUAAAUCAACGCCUCCUGCUGCAGGACCUGCAUGACAGUCAUGUGUGUAACUCUCUGCUGGUGGCUGAAAGUGAGGAGGACAUUUGGAAAAACGAGUCUCUCUGCAGGCACAGGCUGCCCAACUCAGACGACUAUAAUGCAGAUGACAGCUAUCAGCCCAGAGAUUAUUUGGCUGCCACUAUGCACUUCAUGCCUGGUCACUUCGCCUGUGAUGUGGUGUGGAGCACCAUCAUACACAUCCACCCGCGGUUAAAGAUGGGGCCCAACAUGGGCGUGGCUCGAGCGAUCCAGGCCCUGCGUUCAGUGUUGAGUGCCUUCAGCGUGGUCAACCGCAAGAACAUGUUUGUGUAUCAGGAACGCACCACCAAAUCAGUCUUCUACCUCAGGCUCUCGGAGACCUCUCAGACAGGGAAAUACAGUGAUUUGGACGGGAACCUCCAUGUUUCUCACUCUGUGGGUUUGGCACGCAGCCAGGAGCCACUGGGCUCUGAAGACCUCACGGGCUCACGCUCGUCUCUGGAGGGCUCAAGGCCAGUUGGACAGGUGGACAAACACAUCCUGCUGUUAGUUCAUGGAGUGGGUCAGGCAGGUCCAGAGAUCACGGAUGAGUUGGUGAAGGUUCUGAGGAAGCGUCUGGACGAGGCUACUCUCGACAUCAUCACUGUAAUGCUGGUCAGGAACUGCAAACUGACCCCUGCAGAUGUGGAGUUUAUUCAGCCUCCUAACUCCGCUGCUACAGAGGUGAUGGAGUUUUCGUUGCCGCAGUACAGCCUGCCGUGGAUCCGGGCCUUGGCCCACUAUCUGCGGCAGAAUCUCCUCAUUUUCCUCCACAUCCCCAAAUACACAGACAGCAACAUGGAACACCACUUCAAGCACUACUUCCAUUUGAGCAGUGAUCUGCCUGACUCUGAUAUCUACCUCUACAAUAAGCCUGGGGGCCAAGGGACAGGAGGCAAAGGUAUUGCGUGCAUCGCCCUGUCGUUUACAGACGCUCACGCCCAGCCCCUGCAGGUUUCUGCUCAGGAUGGUAAUAACGCCCUGAAAGGAGAUUCAUCCACCAUCUCCCUCGAACCCGAGCAGUUUGAGACCCUGACCACUGUGGGCAAAAUAGAUUCACCCAGCCAGAGUGGAGGUGGGGUGUGUGUGAGGUUUGAUAUUUGGGAGCAGGGGAACAUUAGCCCCCUGCAGCUGAUGGAUAAACUGCGUGGAGCUCUGCGCCAUGCGCUCUGUGACGUCAUCAUGGAGAUGAAGGUUUUACCCAAUCCGCUGUGUUUAGAGACCUUCUGUCUGCCUGGAGCAUCCCAGAGAGACGAACCCAGUGUCGCUCUGAGUCUACUGCAGCCGGAGGUGAAAGAAGUGAAAGAAGUGAAGGAAGUGAAGGAAAUGAAGGAAAGUCCUCGGAGACUCAUCAGUUCUCACGGGGUUAAAACUGGACCCUCCCCCAUUACCCUGAUCCCCGCCCCCAGCUCCACCCCCGCCACUGGAUCAAACACACCGGAGUCAACCACGCCCACGGGCAAAACCAUUCGCCGCAGCUUCUGGGAAAUCCUGAGUAAGCCAGACCCAUCUGAGAUAGGCAGUCCGAAGACUACGGAUGACAUCGUGCAGGAGAAAGCAGAAGACAGCCGAUUGGCUCGCAGGAGACACAAAACAGAGAGUGUUAAACAGCAGUGGAGCCACGAGAGAGCACCCACCGUCGAACUGGAGACGAGGCCACUGUACAGACGACAUGUGACUCAGUUAGAGGAGGGGGAUGCCGGAUCUCUGCAUCCACUUUAUCAGUCCACUUUUCAGCCCUGGGUUAUUUUUAUGGCCAGACUCGGUUGUCCAUCCAUUCAGCACUGUACAGCUGAGAUGUCUUCACUCUUCCUCCUGCCCUCCAUAGUUACAGAGGUCGUGCAUUUGGUUUCCUCUUUGGCUCCGGACACCACGGUCAAGAUUUUCGAGAGGACCAGCUGUCCGCAGGGAGACAUAUUCAUCCCUCUGUCGCACGUCCAGCACGUCAGCCAGCCGCCGGCCACCUCCAGGAGCUUCAUUGUCAUUGGCCGAAACUUCCAGCAGUGGCACUACAGCACUGAACAAGAAGAGCGUACAGAUGAGGAAAGCUCCCCUGUGCUUUGUUUAAAAUUCACACCUCACAAAGGGCUUCAGCGGUUUGAGGCAUUGGAGCACAGUGAUUGGCUGAGUCCCGGCCAGUCCUGGAGGGGUGUGGCCCCACGCCAGAGGUUUCUACACAUUCAUAUAGUGGAUAAAAAGUUGACCCUGUACACCUAUAACUGGUCGGUGGAUUUGGGUGCGUCUCUGAAUCGUGACCUGGUGCGGUUGGUGCAGUGGCAGAACGCUCGCGCUCAUGUGGUCAACUGCCUGCUGAGCCAGAAAAUGGGCCUGUUCCACCACUACUGCUUCACUGAUACACCCGCACAGGAGGACCUCAAACAGGAGCCUAACCCUUUCCUGAACUCUACUAUGGAGGCUGAAGCUCUUUUGCGUGUUUCUGUGCCCCCUGCGCCCAAUAAAGACCCCGCACGUUUGGGCAGUGCCCGCACUUUGCCCCCGCUGCCCUUCCCCGCUGACCUCAUGCCCUUUGAUGAGGCCCUGAGGGACGUGAGCACCGGGCGACUGCUGGCCAAUCAGGAGGGAGCGGACAUUGUGGCCCGACAUGGGGCUCAGCUACUGGAGGUCAAGGCUGCAGAGCGCAGAGAGUUGGAGAAGCAGAUGAAGAUUGAGAACCUGUUUGUGACGUGGCAGCAGAGAUCAGCCCAAUCCAACAUGCCUAUCUCGGUGGCUGAUCUGGACACUCUGAAGCAGUCCUCUCGGCUUGUUCAUUACUGCGCUACUCCUCUGCUCUUCGACCCCGUCUUCAGGAAGCAGAUCCAGGAGGAGCUGAUAGUUCAGCCACAAAUAAAGAAGCGCCAUCGCUCCAGUGACUCUGCUGCCUCGAUGCGAGAGCGCAGUUUGAGCACAGACUCUGCAGAUUCGCGGCUGAAGGAGGAGCCCUGGCUGCAGGAGCUCUCGCACACAUUCCUGCAGCAAUACGUCCAGUACCUGCAGAGCCUGGGCUUCAUACUGGUGCAGAUCAGACCACAGUCUCCGGCACGCAGUAUUGCUCGAGCUCGAGCUGCCAUGCUGAACUCUCUCUCUACAGAAGGCAGAGCCUCCUUCUCUUCCUUUUCCUACAACAAGCAGAAGAGUGAAGAAAGCCCGAAGCAGAGCAGCGGAUCAGGCACUACAGCGUAUCACCUCCAGAGGGCGCUGCCAGGAGGAAUCAUGCUGAUGGAACUGGCUUUCCAGGGGUUUUAUUUCUGUGUGAAGCAGUAUGCUCUGGAGUGCUCCCGGAUUCCCAUGGGCCAGACAGUUAAUUCCCAGGACCCUCUCCUCCUCUCGCGGCCUCGCAGUAAGCCGUUCCCCCCUGAGGCCUCCUCAGACUCUGCGCUGUCCAUGCUGUUCACAGAGGAGUGUGAUAAAGUGCGGGACCUGAUGCACGUCCACUCCUUCAGCUACGACUUCCACCUGCGUGUGGUGCACCAGUACCUGCUGGGCUGUCACAUGACCCUGCGACAAGGCUACCAGCUCACCAGCUUCCUGGAGGACUUCAUUUCCCAUCAUCCUGACAUCCCCAAGUUCGGCCGCAACCACGUCUUCCAGGGGAGUUUCUCUAUUUCGACAGGGAUGAUAACGGCCCAUCAGCUCUAUAACUACAUCACUGAUCAUGCUGGUACUUAUGGGAUGAAGCCUCUCCGCAUGUCCAAGGCUGCAGUGACCUCUGAAAACAAGAAGGGGGCGCCGAGCACAGACCUGCAUGAGUACGCCUUAGUGGCACUGUGGAACAGCUCCGGCACGUAUAAGGACCUGGAGGGUCUGCGUCACCACGAUGACUUUGACGUUUCUCUGCUGGUGUGUCACAACGCGGCUCCAUUCGAGGAGCAGUCGGAGGGGGAGAGGCACCUGCUGAGGUUACGUUACUACGUGAUCAUGACCAGUCAGAGAGAGCUGUUCCCCCGGCUGACGGCGGACAUGCGGCGCUUCAAGAAGCUCCCUCAGAUUUACCGGGACCCGAGCGACCCCUACCGUGACCUUGGCGGGCGGGUCCCUCUGGAGCGCUCGGAGUCGGUCGGCGGGAUGGGCCGCGAGUCUGAAAGUGAUCUGUGGGAGGAAACUGCCAACUCUACACCCACGCCCACGACCAGCCCUGAUCCUGAAGCUGCGGAGCCCCAUCUGCCCGGGGCUCAGGCUGCUCUCUCAGAAGGUCUGGACUCCUCAAGCCUUUUCUACCCGUCUCCUCUGUUCCCUCUGCUGAACUCCGAGGUCAGCUCGGCUCGCCGGCAGAUCCAGAGCAGCGUGGAGCAGGCCAUGGGCCACUGUCGCAGGGACAACCUGUGGAGACGGCUCUUCCACGGUGAGCACCUCGCCCUGGACAAGCUCAAACUCAGCAAGCUGGCCUUCGCUGAACUGGAGGAGCUGCUGAACGCCGUGCAGAGCCGAUCUGUUGGAGAGAUUGACCCACAGCUGGAUUGUUUCCUGACCAUGAGUCCUGCCUGGUAUCAGAGUCUGAUAAAAGUGCUGCUCUCACGAUUCCCUCAGAGCUGCCGGCACUUCGUGGAUGACAGCGGCAUUCAGUACCUGGCUGUCCUCAACCAAAAGUUCACCGACUGCUUUGUGCUGGUCUUCCUGGACGCCCAGGCGGGGAAAACGAGUCUCAAGGUGGUUUUCAGGGAGCCGCUGCCGUCACAACCGCAGCCUAGCAACAGCCCCCCACCCCAGCUCGUCUCCAUGUACCACCAUCUGGAGUCGGUGAUCAACACGGCCUGCUACAACCUGUGGACCGGCCUGCUGUAGCGCAGCCGACGCAGCAGCAGCAGCAACAUCUGGAUAAAACAGAUACUAAUCCAAUCACUCAAACCACUGCAGACCACGUGAAAAGUGCUUAUUCUUUUGGCCUGUUUGUGUUUCCUGUUUUUGUUUCCUUUUUUAAAUUGGGUUUCAAAUAUGGCUUCACAAAAUACACAUUUUUCAUUUUAGAAGCUCAUUUAGUCCUUGUCACUUAAUGUUACCAGUAUCUGGAUUUUACCUGGAUAAGAUUUUUAUCCACAUGCUCCAGUUGCUGGAAAAAUCUGCUAGCACAUUUAAAACACGUACAAAUCCAAUCACUCAAACCACUGCGGGUUUAAAGUCCUAUUCUUUUGGCCUACGUGUUUUUUUUGUUUGUUUUUUUUUUUAUAGAAAAAUCUGCAUUUUAUCUGGAUAAGAUUUCAGUCCACAUGCUCCAAUCACUGUUUCCAUUCAAUUUGAGUUUUAAGUUUGGCUUCAUAAAAUUAAAAAAAUGGUUUGAGUGAUGAAAUUAGUAUCUGGUUUAAAUGUGUUUUUGGUGCAUUGUUAUGUGGAUUGGCCUUAUCCUGAUAUAAUUCUAUAAUUCUUUAUUCUCCCAAGAUACAUAAAGUGAUAAAGUAUAAUAUAUUGGGUCAUUUAGCAGCACAGGCGAAUUAUAAAGUCUAAAGCUGCACAACAUGGCCUAAAAUAAAAAAAUCAGUGUUGCAUAUUUCAAUUAAGGUCAGACUCAAAAUGUGAAAAGUCUUUGAUAUGAUUGGCCAACAAUUUGACUCAUUAUUUUGCAUCUUUAGUCCAAAAUCUUUUCAAAUGUUCAUGUUUUGCAGAUGUAUUUAAUAUCACAGUGAAGAUUAAGAAGCAGUUUGUCAGUGUAACUGAUUUUUGUCAAUUUUGGGUACGGAAUUAAGUGACUACAAAUGUGAUUUCUGGUCAGUACAGAGAAAAAAAGAGAAAGAGAGAGAGAGAGAAAGAAAGAGAAGGAGGAGAGAGAGAGGGAGAAACUAAAAACAGACAUAGACUGACUGAGACUUUGACACCACAUUGAUUCAUUCAGGUCCGCUGUACGUGACGCACACUGAAGGAAUGACUCAGCCUGUAAGUGAAGUGCGAUGGUGUGUUUCGGGCUUUAAGCAGAUGACUACUGUACAUUACUGUGGGGGUGUGUGAUGCUAGCCUGCUAAUGUUUCUAAUAGCAGUGUUGGCUAAUCACUAUUGUUUUCUUUCACCCUGUUAGUAUUUUUACAACGUCCCCUACUGCCAUUACCCUCAACCCAGAAGUGCCUGAUCUUUUCGUUCUGUGCUUUAUUUCGCUUUUGGUUUCUUUUGCUUUAUGUUGUGACUGAAUUCUGUGGAUCUUUAUUUAAUGUCAGACUUCACGUCUUGGUUUACAGACUCUGCUUUGAAUCAGUGCGAAUCAGAGUCAACACCAUAGCCUGUGCAAGUUGCCUACGCCAUUGUGAGCAUUUAUAAUUGUGUAUGGGUGCAUCUGCUUUUGCUCUGCAAUUAUGCCAACAAAACACUUGUCUGGUGAUGGGGUAAGUUUUCCAUUGUGUUGACUUAAUUAAUUAAAAAUAAGCAGAAGAUUGUGUGAAAGUUGGAGCUAGUAGCUGUUAACUCCUUUUUUUUUUUCUUAAAUUUUUGCAACAAACAAAAUGAUGUAAAAUGAUUUUAGAAGACUUCCUUUUUUUAAAAGGCAUGAAGGCAGAAAUACAAUACAAUGCCACCAAUCACAUUUGUUGUGGCCUGCUUCGGCUAACACUUUAUUUGACGGGUACCUACAUAGUAGGCUUCGUAACACAUUGAUGAGCACUGUAACAUAUAUCAAUAAAGCAUUAUUUAUAUAUUUAUAAACAGCACAUGCCAUUACUCACAGCAUAACAAGACACAUAAAGACUUUUGCUGAAAUAAAUUAGAUUAAUUCUGUAGUAAGAAACAAAUAAUAUAGCAUUUUGUGUUGCAUAUUAUAUUUAAAACUUAUAUAUAUAUACAUAUGGUUAAUCUUUUUUUUGCUCCCCAAUUUACAAGGCCAAUUACCCAACCCACUUAUUAGGACUCCCCCUAUCACUAGUAAUGACCCAACACCAGGAGGGUGAAGACUAACACAUGCCUCCUCCGAUACAAGUGAAGUCAGACUCCGCCUCUAAUAUAGCAUCACAGCGCUAACGCUCGGAGGAAAGCGCAGCGACUCGGUUCUGAUACAUCAGCUCACAGAUGCAGCCUUGUGCUGAUCCACAUCACCCUAGGAGUGAUGAGGGGAAAGAGCGCCAUCCAUCUACCCACCCAGAGAAAGCAAGGAUAAAUUGUGGUCUCUCAGGGCUUCGGCAGCUGAUGGCAAGCUGCAUGACCGGGAUUUGAACCAGUAAUCUCCCUGUAGACCACUUGCUCUAUAUAUAUAUAUAUAUAUAUAUAUAUAUAUAUAUAUAUAUAUAUAUAUAUAUAUAUAUAGAUGCGAAUAAUCGCAUAUGAUAGUUGUGUACAUCAAAAUAUUGCUUUAUAAAUACAUUAUUCAGUGCUUAUGAAUGUGUUAUGAAGCAUCUAUGUAUAUAGCCUUCAUGUGGCUACAUGCUGGCUAAAUGCAGGCUAUGGUGUAGAUUGGAUGCAGAAGCAUAAAUUGAGCUUUACACACACUUACAUGCACUUGAAAGAGCACUGAGAGUCUUUGGACCACACUGCAGCUCAUUGGCUACGUUCACAUUACCAGGCUAAAGUGACUCGAACCAGAUUUUGACUCAGAUCUGAUUAGUUCAGGGCUGUAUGAACAUGUCAGAUCUACUUUUUUUUUUUAUCCAAUUUGAGCCACACUUAUAUCUGAUCCUAAAUCGAAUAGAAGGAUCAUAUCAUAUCACUGUAUGCUUGUGUGCCAUUUCAAUAACAGAUCUGUUCACAUUACAAAAACAGAUCCAGAUCACUUACUGUACAUGCAAUGUAAAUGUAGCCAAUGACGGCCUUACAUUUGUGCAUAUUUCACAGAAGGAAACCAAAUAUCGGGUCGUUUUGAGCUUUUCUGAUUAUAAAAAAAAUUGUGCUGUUUGAUUAAGACAAUGUGUUCAUUGUUUUUCUUUUUUUUUCUUUUGAAAAUGAGGACACUGGAAACUUACGCUUAAUGCAAGAUGCUAAUCAUUAGCAGUUGUGUGUAUUUAGGCAAUAUUAUAAUCAGAGUGAUUUAAAUGUCUGAGACUUGUACAUUAUGUAUAUAUAUACUGAACUGUUUGUAAAAUAAAAUAAAAAGCAACAUUAAACUUUAAAAA